CGCCCCGCGGCGCGCCCGGGCGGGGCGUCCGCGGCCGCCAUGGGCCGCCGCCGCCGCGCGUGAGGGCCUCGAGGCCCCUUGGAUGGCAGGCGCGGCCAGCUGCUCGCGGGCGCGGCCAUGGACUCCGUCCGCGACAAGGGGCCGCCGCCGCUGGGCUCGCAGGGCAACAUGGAGACGCCCAGGCCAGGCGACUGGUACUGCCCUCGCUGCAGCGACCUCCAGUUCGGGCGCAAUCCCGAGUGCCGCAGAUGUGGUACGCCGAAGCCGUCUACGCAGACCGUAGGCUCCCAGGCGGCGGCCUUCUUCCCCUGCGGCGCCUGCGGCGGCGGCCAGCCUCCGCCGCCGGGCGGCGCCGCGCCGCUGGCGGGCGCCGGGGGCUCGGCGAUGGUGAUGCACGGGCAGCCCAUGUCCAUGGGCAUGCCGAUGGCGAUGAUGCCUGGCAUGCACGGGAUGCCGGCCGGGGCCGCGGGGAUGAUGCACGGCUACGGCGGCUGCCCAGGCAUGUUUCCCAGCUGGGGCAUGUACGACCCCAGGUACGUGGCGCAGAUGCAGCAGAUGCAGCAGCUGCAGCAGAUGCAGCAGAUGCAGCAGCUGCAGGCAGGAGGCGCGCACAAGGCCGCCGCCGCUGGCGAGCAGAAGGCUGGCAGCAGCAGCAGCAGCAGCAGCAGCAGCAGCGGCGGGGCCUCGUCCAGCUCGCAGCCGGCGUCGCGCUCGAGCUCCCGGGGCAGCAGCGAGGAGGCGGAGCGAAGUCAGCGCCACAGGAAGAAGACCAGGAGUAGCAAGAAAGGAAAAAAGGACGAUUGGCAUGGUGGGAAAGAGAAGAAGGAGAAAGGUAAAAAGAAAGGCGACGCACAGGCCAAGGCACGUCACAUCCUGAAAGCCAAGCGAAAGGGCAAAAAGGCCGGGAGCGGCGACUCUGGAAGCGACGAGGACGUUGCCAGGCCAAAAAGAGAUAGGAGGAAGGAGGCGGACGGCGGAAAGAAGGCGAAGAAGAAGAAGAAGCGAAAGAAGGCCGCCAGGGCGAAGCAGGAGGACGCUGGGUCCGAGGCCGAAGAGGCGGAGGAGGCACAGGAGGAAGACGCCGACGGCGCCGCAGAGGAGGCCUCUGAGAAGCCAGCCAGGAAGGAUAAGAAGAGCAAGAAGAAGGAGAAGGCCGCAAAGAAGGCCAAGGCAGCACAGAAGGCCGGGGAAUCUCAGGCCGACGAGGACGAGGUGGCUGCGGAGGAGGACGAGGCGGCCGUGGAGGAGGAGGGCGCCGACGGCGCGGCCAGCGGCAAAGGGCGAUCGCCGCCCAGUGGCAGCCGCAGCCGCGAGAGCGCCCCAGCCGCCGCGGCGUCUCCCUCAAGGAAAGGGCCGGCGAGGAGCGGCGACUCUUCCAGCUGAGGGCGUGCUGGGUAUGGCGGCUACCCCACGUUCUUGGUG